UCCCAGAAUGCUGCGCGCGCACUCGGCUCACGGAUCAUGGACCAAAGCGACAAUGAUCUCCAGGGCAGUGAUGGCUCUGGGAGUUUGGGGGGGCCUGAUGUCCGCAGACGGAUCCCGAUUAAACUCAUCUCGAAGCCGCCGCUGAGAAGCAAACCUCCCCCCAGAGCUCCGAGGCCUGGAGGACGCGUGUGCAAGAGCGAAACAGGAGAGGAGGAUAACUUUGGAUUCAAACAGGAGGAGAGGUUUGACUGUGGGUCUAAAGACGUCUAUGGAAAUCAGAGGAGGUUCCCACAGCCGCUGUUCUGGGACUUUAAGUUGAACCUGCUCGGAGAAAAGGACAAGUUGCCAAUCCACUUCUGUGACAAAUGCGGGCUGCCCAUUCAGCUCUAUGGACGGAUGAUCCCCUGUAAACAUGUUUUCUGCUACGAGUGCGCCCUGCUCCACGAGAAGAAAGGAGACAAAAUGUGCCCAGGCCUGACGAUGUUCAGCUGCUCAGACCCGGUGCAGAGGAUCGAGCAGUGUCAGCGCGGCUCCCUGUGGAUGUGCUCCGUGGUGCCUGGCUGUAAACGUACGUACCUCUCCGAGCGCGACCUCCAGGCCCACGUCAACCACCGCCACCUCCGCGCCGCCAAAUCCUCCUCCUCCUCCAACCGGGGCAACCAGGACCCCAUGCACCUGCCCCCGCCCGCCUCCGACCACCCGGACAGGUACCGCGUCCCGCCUCCUCACCUCCAGAAGAACCACCACAUGCCCAACCUCCCGCACGGCCCUCACGACCCUUACAGCCAGCCGCCGCCCAACGCCCACGAUCAGCCGCCGCCCAACUCCGGCCUGGGUCCCGAGACGUUCCGGAUCGCGACCGUGACGACCCGGAAGCACAGCAAUCUGAUCACGGUGCCCAUACAGGAUGAUUCCGGCGCGGGGAGGGAUAGCAUGCCCCCGGGUCCGGCUCAACCUCCGCACCACCACCCGGGAGACUACCCCACGCCGCCCGUCGUGUCCCACCCCCACCACCUCAUGCCCCAGCAGCACUUCGGACCACCCCCGCCCCCGCCGCCGCCCAUAAACCACCCGAUGCAGCACCCGCAAGGCACCGGCACGCCCCACAUGGUGUACAACCAAGCGCCCCCGCCCAUGUCCAACGCCCCGCCGCCGAUCACGCCUCCGCCCGGGCACAUCCUGGGCCAAAUGCCGCCCUACAUGAACCACCCGCCGCCCCAGCACACGGGGCCGCCGCCGCCGGUGAACGCGCCGCCCCCUCACCACUACAACCCAAACUCCAUGCAGCAGUUUUCCGAGGACCAGGGGACCCUCAGCCCGCCCUUUACCCAGCCGGGGGGGCUCAGUCCGGGGAUGUGGCCAGCUCCCAGGGGCCCGCCUCCGCCGCCGCGUAUGCAGGGACCGCCGCCGCCGCAGGGGCAGAUGCCGGGGCCCCACCACCCAGACCAGGGCAGAUACAGACCCUAUUAUCAGUAGAAAGAGUUCCAUGUUGUUUUAGUUGUAACAAGCAGGAGCAGAGUGCAUUUUGGUAAGGCACUUCCAGUUGUCAAAAAUAGUCAACAGAUUUUCUUUUUUUUUGGGGGGUGAAAUAGUCAUAUCGUGACUCAGAAAUUUGUAGCUUAAAGGUGCUGUACCUGAUUUUUACGGUCUUAAAAAUGUGAAAAACAGGACUAGUUCAUUUUAAACUGUUCUUCCUCACUUACCUUACACGUUCAGAGCGUCCUAACUAUUCACCACGAUGAGUUUAUAAGCGCUCACAACUUUCAGAGACCAUGGUAAUGCUUACAGCUAGUAUGCUAAUGGUGCACUUCCUUGUUAUCAGACAAUAAAAUGCUUUAUAAUUAACUGCAGACAAUACACAGUGGAUUUAUUUUGACCUCAACAGCUGCUUAUACAAUAUAUGAGACACAUUAAGCUCAAAUACACACGGAAGAAUCUCGUACAAGUCUUUUAAUGUUUAAAAACAGACACACACCCUCUCCUCCUAUUGGUCAGCCUUAGUCAUGCUGUGGUUGAGUGACAGCUGGAUUUAGCCAAUCGCAGUGAAGCAGCAAGUGUUUUUGUAACUUUAAGAUCAGUGGCUCCAUUCACGUUUACGUCACAAACCAGGAAGACUUUUGGAAACUAAUGUGUCUGACUCACAGCGAGGACUUGUUCACAAAAAUACACUUGAAUAAACCAUUGUUGAACCAAAUACAACCAAAGUAUUAAAUAAAAUUAUUAAGUCUCUGUAACAAAAUUGCCCUUAAAAGUUAUUUUAGUCAUUGACUUACAUUGGAAUAUUGUGUCUCGUCUCUCUGUGGCUGCUGCUGUGAGCCUCGGCAUUUUGGUCAUGUAAAUGUCGUACACUGGACCCUAUUUCGUUCUGUCGUAAAGUAAUCGAGCUCGUUAAAAGUUAUCGUACGAUUAAUUGAUUUGUUGAUUAUCGUUACAGGCCUAUAUACAGUCUAUAUUAUACCUGCAGAUGUAUAAUCUCUGAAAAGUUUCACAUGAACCAUCUCCAACGCGACAAACGCAGAACAGACUCACCAUCAGCAGAAAAUCCCUCUGAGCCAUGCGGUUUUAAGUUUAAUGUCUGUAAAGCUUAAACAAAAAUGCUCAUAGCUGUGUGGAUAGGGAAGGCUUUCGGACACAGAAAUAACGUGUCUGGACUAGGGAUGGGCAUUCGAUGAAAUUUUCUUAAUCGAUCGACGGAAGAAUUAACGAUCCAAUUAUCGAUUAAUCAUUAACGUUUUUAUAUUAAAAUGAUCAUCAUUAUUAUUACUAUCUGCACUAAUCUGCAUAAAUAAAUUCAACUUUACGACAGACAAACCGGAACGACUCUAGAGCCACAUCAGCCCGUUUGACAUUAUAAUGUGUUUAAUUCAGUUUUGUGCAACUCUCACAGAAACAAAACUUAAAAUCACAUCACUAAUUUGCAUAAACUAAGCGAAGAUUAAAAAAACAGCUCUUGUGUCGCUGAUGUGGUUCAACUUGUGUUGGAUUAAAGGACAUGACUCAGGUGAAUACAGGUUAGUGUGACCAGAUUUGUGUUUGUCAAAACCAGGACAGCGUACGGGGGGAGGGGGGCGGGGCCUCGUCAUCGACAUUGAGCGACUCUCACCUGGUAAAACUUUUUCCCACUGGACACAGAAACAUAUGUGCUGCUUUAUACACUGUGCACAUGGACUCACACUUGUCCCAAACGCAACAGAAAGUGUGGAAUUUCUUGUACAAAUCAUCGUUAAAUCCACAUUUGUGCUUCGGUACGUUGCAGGCGGACUGACUUUUUCUGUUUGUGUUUCUGUUUCUGUUUGUGUCUCCAUCUGAGGUCAGAGAGACACAUGUACAGACCUGUUUGGUCACACUACACACAGCAACCUACAUUCAGUUUGUCGUAAUCGAUGAAAUUCUUAAUGAUCAAUUAUCGAUUAAUCGACUAAUCAUGCCCAUCCCUAGUCUGGACACAAAUCAUUUCUGAUACAGUGAGUCGUUUCAGUUUAAACAUAACUUACGAAAAAUGAGAAAGUGUCCCAGUUUUCUCAAUCUCCAUGUCAUUGUAGUGUUCCGUUAUGUUCGGCUGAUCGACAAUUCCAACCAUACCUAAGUUUUCAUCAGUUUUUAUCAUUUCCCCACAUCUCCGAGCGCGCUGGGUAGAGACGAGGGCGCCAAAUUCCAGAUGAUUCCAAACAGCACAAACGUCUGCAGUUUUCCUUUUACCGCUGAUCACAUUUACUUCAGUGGGUUUGAUCACAGUCGGUCGGGAACUACACCGGAAGUCGUCAUCGCGUGUUUCCAAUAGUCUUCCUGUGACGUAAGCCUGAACAGAGUCUGUAUGAAGUCCAAACGAUUCAUGGUCAAAUCAAAAGUCUGAUCUACGCUUUAAGAACUAGUUAUAUUUUUUGGCAUUAACCCGUUUUUUCCCAAUAUACAAAGAAGCCUUAACCAACUGUCUGUUCUUUUCAUGUGAUUUUUGACAAUGUAAUAUUUGCUGGUAACAACUAAAAACGUCAAAUUGUGUCUGAAUUUGUAUCAUUUAGGUUAAAGUAUGAAGAAUAGGAAAUCAAAACUUCCACUCAACCAGUUAGAAUUGAAUGUAUUCCUUUCGAAAGCCCCAUAACCAACACAACCAUCAUAAACGGCAACAGACUGAAGCUUAAAAUAUUCUCCCUGCUUUUUUAUGAUCGCAAUUCAUUAUUAGAACUACUACCUACCGCUCGUGAUUCAAAAUGCAGAUGUUUUUUACCUGGUUUAUGGUUAAUGUUUCUUUAAUUGCUGUGCCUAAUUACUUAAAACAAACUGAUGUACUUUUAAAAAAAAAAUCUUCUGUCAAAACCAGACUCAAGUUUUAACGGUGCCUUGGUUUGACUUUUGACUCGGUUUGGUCCCGUUCUAGUCUUGGUUUAGUCCCAGUUUAGUCGUAAUUUUGAUGUGGUAUGUGUGAGAAUCCAUAUAUUUCUGUUAACAAUCUCUUAUUUAUCAUCUUAUACUUUAAGUUUCCCCUUUCAGAAUUAAGUAAACUUGAACCAGGUUUGCAAAACGUACAGAUGAACCAAAUUUAAAGAGGGGGUAUUAUGCUAAAGUGACUUUUUGGAGCUGUUAUAAUGUUGUUUCCUCGUCAAAAAACACGCCUACAGAGGUUUUAGAGUCAUCCGUGCAUGUUUGAGUAAUCUAGUGAUCUCUCCCGUGCCCUACUUAUACAAAAAUAUACCGUAUUUUCCGCAUUAUUGGGAGCAGUCUUAAGCCUCCAACCCCAUCAAAAAAUGACGCGCACCACAAUCCAGAGCGCCCUAUACACGAAUUCACUCGGGUGUCCCAGUACGACUUCAGUAAACUACAAAGCCGCACCAACCGCAGAACACACAAACACACACGGAGCAGACAGCGACCGCACAGAGAAACACACACACAGACACACUCAUCACUCCACGCCGACGAGGAACGGAACGGAGGAACGAACCAAAAAAGCAAGUGCAACGUGCUUCUAGACACGACUGAACAACUGAGUCACUGUGAACACGCCGACAAUCCGUUGGUCCCAGACAGCACCCUCCCUACACGCCACAACUGAACAAAGCCCAGAGUCACCGUGAACGUCACAAACAAACAAAACCACUCACCCAUCACACUGUUGUGUUUCCUUUAAAAUCCCAUGCGGUUUAUUUGUGAAAAAAGUUCCAAAAUAGACCAUUUAAUGACAGUGCGUCUUACAAUCCAGAGCGACUAAUAGUGCGGAAAAUACGGUAAACGAAAUUGUACACUACGACUUGACAAUAGUGUUGUGAUGUGCAAUAGUUUCAUGAGCGGGUGCACUCCGACUGUAGCCUAAUUCAUCACUUCGUAGAAACCAUCUGAUCUCGCAGCAUUAGGAUUUGUUCACUCGACAGUAGGCGGGUACUUUUUUUUAUUUAACCAAUCGCUGCUGUUUGGUCGUGACGUAUGUAAUGCUUCAAAUCUCAUAGGAAGAAGGACAAUAACGUCUUUCGCUGAUUGGCUGGUGCCCGAACUCACACUUCGGGGGUUUUUGUGAACCGUCUAGUGCAGGGGUGGACAAACUGCGGCCCUUUAAUCUUUGUAAUCUGGCCUGCUGAACUUUAAUAAUAAUAAUAAAAAAAGUAAUUUCAAUAAAUCGUAAAUACCAUGAGACUAGAAAAACAGAUAUUUUGUUGUAAUGCUUUGUGAUGAUUUUCAAUUAUGGGAUAUUUCAAUAAUAUGGGAUAUAUUUUCUACAUAUCCCAUGUUAUUUUUUUUUUCUUUUUUGAGGUGGAUUACCAAAAAACUCCAUCCAUCUGCUCCUGGUCCAGCUCUUUCGUCAAAUUUCAGAUCCCUUUGUGGCCCACGAGUCAAAGUUUGCCCACCUCUGGUCUAGUCUAGUGUAUUCUGAUUCCUGACCUAGUCGCUGGAGAGAAAUUAAAUCGAGCGGAGACACUAGGAGGACACUGAUUAUGUUGUGAUGGUGCUCUGAAGGGGCAGUGACUUGGCGCGGGAGGAGCAAAGGAAGGGGCGACUUGGAGCAUCAAAAACAAAAUUGAAUCUUGCAUUGUUUUCAGCGUCUACGGCAUUUUCAAAACAAUAAAAGAUACCGCGGUGAUCUAAAUAGAAAAGUAAAAUACCCCCGCUUUAACUUUUCCAACAAAACAGCUCACAAUCUGUUUAUAUAUUUUUAACUUUUAAUUUCUUACGUUUAGUCAGUUCUUUUUAUUCAGACCAAUUCCUAAUACUGCUCUGCUUCUCUUACAACCCUGAUAAACCAGUGUACCUGUUCAAAUUGUUCGUUUGAGUUGCCGCUGUCUCACCUGUGCCGUACCAAACUGUACCAAACUGUACCAAACUGUACCGUGACGCUUGUUAUGAACGGGCCUGUACAUUUAUUUACCUGAACACAUAAGUGAGUGGUGCACAUUUAGUUCAGACUUAAAAUAAGAAAUGACUUUUAAAUGUGUGAUAUCUGUAAAUACGACUGACUUCAUGUACAUUAAAAAACUGAAACAUGUCAAUAAAUUUUUAACUGGC